AUGCGAUCGGACAAAAAAAAGGCCAAAGGAAAAACCGUAACAACGAGUAAAGCCUCGAACGAUAAAAGUUUGUUAACAUCAAAAUCAAAAAAGAGCAGAAGGAAGAAGCAGAAGAAUAACGAGUCGCCAAAUAUUUCUGUACGCAAGGAUGACAUUAUCGAACCGCCCAAAGACGAAACAGAAUUAAGGCUGGAAUCUUUAGUAUUCAGCGAACGUGUACACACAGAUGAUUCUGAUGCAAGCAUUCAUUCAGAGGGUGAAAAGGAGAAAGAAGUAUUAUCAGCCGAAACACAACCAGAAAUUGAAGCAGAAACCACAGAUCAACCUAGUUUUUUUAUAGAUACAACGCCAAUGGAUCAUAUCGAUGUUCCAAAAAAUGACGUUUCAACCGAAUCCAGCACAUUGGUACAGGGGAAACCCCCCAAGAAAACUUGGACCGAUUCGGAUGAUGAAAUUCUUACGGUUUCACUUAAUAGCAAAGCCCGGUUCCGUAAACUGAAAAUUGCUGAAGAUGAAGAUGUGAUAACCGGUGAUCAAUAUGAAAAACGUUUGAGACAACAAUUCGAACGUAUUUAUCCAAAACCUGAGUGGGCAACUCUUCCAUCCGAAGCAAGGAAACGCAAAACGCGUGAUGAAUCGUCCGAUUCUUCAUCCGACGAUUUUGAUAUUGGUGAAACUAGACAUCUCGAUACCAGAAUAGACAAGGAAAUCUCUCGUGAAAUACGAGAGACUUUUAAUCAUUUACGAAAGGAAAAAUCGAAAUUGUUGAACCAAGGUCGGAUAGAGGUCACUAAAAUGAAGGAUGCGAAUCAAAUGGGCUAUUCUCAGAGCGUUGUACAAUCUCUUUGCUUUCAUCCUGACGCAAGAGUAUUAAUGGUGGCUGGAUUAGAUAAAACAUUACGGCUAUUUCAAAUAGAUGGCAAAUCGAAUCCCAAGAUACAAUCGAUAUUCUUCUCUGAUCUUCCCAUUCGUCAAGCCCGCUUUAAUUCUGCCGGUUCUCAGAUUCUUCUUACUGGCCGUCGAAAAUAUUACUACGUAUACGAUGUGGAAUCGGGUCACAUGAGCAAAACGCUUGGAAUUCUUGGUCGUCCCGAGAAAUCGUUUGAGAAAUUUGCCAUUUCUCCAAAUGACGAUUUCAUAGUCUUUCAAGGACAGGAUGGCUGUUUAAUAAUAGUUGACUACAAGACAAAACGAUGGAUCACUAAUCUCAAAAUGAAUGCGGGAGUGAGAGAUAUGAAUUGGAGUAGUGAUGGGAGGUAUAUAUAUUCUUUAGGAAACAAUGCCGAGGUUUGUCAAUGGGAUAUCGGUAUGAGAAAGUGUGUACAUAAAUGGGUUGAUGAUGGCGGGUUUAAGCCCACAAACAUUGCCGUGGCCAAUGCGGAUGAGUACUUUGCUAUUGGGUAA